AUGGCCUUCAAAGAAGGAUCUCUCGCUCACCAAUAUUUUAUUAUUAUAGCUGCUGUUUCGUCCUAUUGGUGAGUACUUUAUGGGGUUUUUGUGGAUAUAGGCAUGUUAUAGUAGUUGAAGUUAGGUUUUGAUAAAUAACGGGUGUUAUUACGUUUUGUGGAUAAAAUUUGGUAAAGUUAUAAAGUUUUAAAUAGUUUAAAGCUUUUUAAAGAUUCUGAAUAUUUUAAUUGGUGAAUUUUGUAACUUAUGAUUGAUUUUGAUAAAGAAAUCAGCUUUGAUUUAAAUUUUGGUCAAUAUUUUAAUAAUAAACCAAAGUUUUUGAUUAUUCGAAUGUCUUUAUGUUAAUUUUGCUUUGUUUUCAGGGCAUGUUCGAUAGGAUUGGUCUUUCUAAACAAGUACUUACUGAGCAGUCCAUCGCUAAAGGUAUGUUAUUCAUCUUUCAAGAUCUAUUUUCUUUUUUUUAAUUUUUAGUUGAAUGCUCCACUUUUCGUGACAUGGUACCAGAGUUUAACGACAGUAGUAUUAUGCUACGCUUGUUCUUGGUUGUCGAGGACGUUUCCUAAGCUCAUAACUUUUCCUUCCAUGACAUUUGAUCAGAAACUGAGCAGAGAUGUUCUUCCUUUGUCGUUUAUCUUUGUUGGCAUGAUCACUUUCAACAAUUUAUGUUUGAAGAACGUUGGAGUUUCUUUCUAUUAUGUUGGCAGAUCGUUGACUACAGUUUUCAACGUUCUUUGUUCUUAUCUGAUUCUAGGACAAUCGACUUCUAUUAAGGCAAUGGGAUGUUGUGGUAUAAUCAUUGGCGGAUUCUUGUUGGGAGUCAAUCAGGAGGAUGCUGCUGGUAAGUGGAUUGUUUUCAGUCUAUUUAUCUCAUUUCUUGAAUAUUAUCUGAAGCACGCAUCAAUAUUAUAAAAAAUUAUUUUCUUACGAUAAUAUUAUUUUAGGGUAUAAACUUUAUAACAAAAAACUAAAAUUACAUAUUACAGGUUCACUCUCAAUAUCAGGAGUGGUAUAUGGAGUCCUAGCGUCCUUAUUUGUGGCUUUGAAUGCUAUUUACACAAAGAAGACCUUGAAGAAUGUUGGAGAUUCGAUCUGGAGACUAACAAUGUAUAACAACUUGAAUGCUUUCUUCAUUUUCUUGCCAUUAAUGUUGUUCAGUGGUGAAUUGGGAAUAGUACCAUACUUUGAGUACAUUGGAACGUUCUACUUCUGGGCUAUGAUGUCUUUAUCUGGUGUGUUUGGAUUUGUUAUGGGAUAUGUCACUGGAUGGCAAAUUCAGGUAAGUUUUCUUGGUUUUUUGUAAAUUUUAAAGUUAGGAAAUGUUGUUUAACUAUGGUGGGAUAAAAAAAACAUUAUUUUGUUUUAAAAACGUAUAAAUUAACGGAAUUAAACAGCUGUUUUGUGCCUGGACUUCAGGCAUUACUUAACGUUAUUAUAUUAACUAUAAUGUGUUUAUUCUGAAGUUCAACAAGUUUUCGUUUGUUAUUAUUAUAGGUAACCUCUGCGCUGACUCACAACAUUUCUGGAACAGCUAAAGCCGCGGCCCAAACCGUAAUGGCCGUGAUAAUAUGGAUGGAAGUAAAGUCAGGCUUAUGGUGGCUGUCUAAUAUUGUGGUAUUGGCAGGCUCUGGAGCCUAUACUUAUGUACAGAAGAAGGAUUUGGAUAAAAACUUCAAAGAACGACUCGAAUCUGACAAAGUGUCACUUUUGUCUCGCGAAGAACGGCGACAAAACCAGCAAGUUUAA